AUGGCUGAUUACUUCUUGCAAAACAUUAAACAAUCUUUCUCAUUAUCAGACAUUAAUUCCAACAUGGAAUUUAUGAACAAUUUUCCAGAAAUAAAUCCAAGUUAUCAAGAUACAUCAAUCUUGAACUUGCAGAAUUUGGUGGGAUUUCCCAAUGACAAUAUAUAUCCUCAUUUAGUACAUGAAUGCACCGGAAUCUCAGAAGAUUUUCCAAGUUUGUUUAUUCACGAGGAGAAGAAUUUGGUGCCUCAAAUUGCAAAUGAUCAUCAUGCAGGAAAGAAGAGGAAAGAAAUCGAAACCCCGCAAAGUAGUGGUGCUUAUUCAUCAGCUCAAGGUUCUGCAAACGUAGUUACAAGGAAAACUAGUGCAGGGAGAGGGAAAAAAGCCAAAUUAAACGAAAAAGAAGAGGAUAUACCAAAGGAUGUGGUACAUGUUAGAGCUAAAAGAGGCCAAGCUACUGAUAGUCACAGUUUAGCAGAGAGGGUGAGAAGAGGAAAAAUCAACGAUCGAUUGAGAUGUUUACAAGACAUUGUUCCUGGAUGCUAUAAGACAAUGGGCAUGGCAGUGAUGUUGGACGAGAUCAUCAAUUAUGUGCAGUCCUUGCAAAGUCAAAUUGAGUUUCUUUCUAUGAAGCUUACAGCAGCAAGCACGUUUUAUGACUUCAACUCAGAAACAGACGCCUUCGAGACAAUGCAGCAAGCAAAGCCGCACGAGGCAUCGAAGAUGCAAAAGGAAGGAUGUGAUGGAAUUGCUUCAUCUCAAUUUGGUCCAUUAGACCUCAGUUUUGGAAAUUAUCCCUCUUGGCCAAGGACCACUUGA